AUGUUUUAUGUAUUUUUUUCUCAAUAAAUCUGUGUUUUUGUGAAAAAAUCAUUCUGAUGAAUAAUGCCCCUAUUUUCUCAUCUGGAAAAAAAGUUGUACCUUCUAGGAGGAAAAAAAAAAAGGAAGUCUCUUCUGUGGUGGCAUCAAGAAAAUGAAAAGUAAAUGGUGGCCAUUCCAUCACGUGACGUAGGUUGAUGCUGUGUCAGCAGUGUCAACAUCAGUCAGGGCGGCGUGCCCUGCGAGGCAAGUUGGCUAUGUCUAGGGGGUGGCAUGCCCCGCACGCAGGCUUCUAUUGGUUGAUGAGCGAGCCCUUGGGAAAACCUUCACUGGCCUGCCGAACCUUUUUCAGGUUUUCAAGGGACUCCCUGCUGGAGCGUUGAAGAGAAAAUGGCCCACGCCGUCUUGAGUAACGGACUCACGGGCGUAGAUGGACACCGCGUCAACAGCAUCACAGAUUCUUUCUCCACCCUCAUCAUUGAUUCCACCAAGAAGGACCCACACGGGAGUGGACCCUCAGACGCUCCGCAACAGCCACAAGCAGAGCCUCCCGCCAUAGCGGUAAGGCCCCAGGGGGGCCCCGCCGAUCUGGCUCCGGCUGAGCGACUAUGGAACACCAACAAGGAGGGGGCAGUCCGCUUGAGGAUUGAGGAGUCGGGACCGGCCGCCGACACCCCGGUCACGGUGCACCAGAUGUUCCUGGAGACGGUGGAGGGCUUCGGGGGACACCCGGCCCUGGCGUACAAGAAGGACGGACGGUGGGAGACCGUCACGUGGAGGGAGUACUACCAGCAAUGCAGGGCAGCGGCUAAGAGCUUCAUCAAGCUGGGCCUGGAGCGCUACCACGGGGUGGGCAUCCUGGGCUUCAACUCCCCCGAGUGGUUCAUCGCCGAUGUGGGCUGCAUUUUGGCCGGGGGUCUGGCGACAGGAAUUUACCCCACCAAUGAUCCUGAGGCCUGUGGUCACGUGGCCAGAGACUCAAAGGCUAACAUUCUGGUGGUGGAGGACCAGAAGCAGCUGGACAAAAUCCUUGAGAUUAAAGACCAGUUGCCGCAUCUCAAAGCCAUCGUGCAGUACAAAGGACAAUUAAAGCAGAGGCUACCUUCUCUCUACACGUGGGCAGAAUUCAUGACGUUUGGCAAGGAUGUGCCUGAAAAGGUCCUGGAUGACUCCAUCGCCCGCCUCCGCGCCAACGAAUGCUGCACCCUCAUCUACACGUCGGGAUGCACCGGCAACCCCAAAGGCGUAAUGCUGAGCCAUGACAACAUGACCUGGACGGCCCAGAGAGCAGGAGACGCGGUGGGCCUGCGCUACGCCGAGGAGGCGGUAAUCAGCUACUUGCCGCUCAGCCACGUAGCGGCUCAGCUCAAUGACUUGCACAUCACCAUGAGGUUCGCAGCCACCACAUAUUUCGCUGAAGCCGACGCCCUCAAGGGAUCCCUGGUGACCACAUUGAAGGAGGUGUCACCCACUGCGUUCCUGGGCGUCCCUCGCGUUUGGGAGAAGAUGCAGGAGAAAAUGCAGGAAGCCGGAGCCAAGGCCAGCCCCUUCCAGAAGAGCGUGGCCGACUGGGCCAAGUCCAUUGGACUCACGUACAACUACAGCGCCAUGCAUAAGGAGAACCGAGUACCGUGGGGCUUCACGCUGGCCAACCAGCUGGUGUUCAAGAAGGUCCGAGCGGCGCUGGGCCUGGAGCGCUGCAGGACCUUGUUCACGGGCUCAGCCCCCAUCGCCAAAAAGACCCUGGACUACUUCAUGAGCCUCAACAUGCCCCUCAUGGAGCUGUACGGCAUGAGCGAGAGCUCGGGGCCACACACCAUCUCCUCCAACGCCGACUACCUCAUCUCCAGUUGCGGGAAAGUGAUGGCGGGCUGCAGAGUGAAGCUGGACAAACAGGACAAGGACGGCAACGGGGAGAUCUGCUUCUGGGGGCGCAACGUCUUCAUGGGCUACAUCAACCAGGAAGAGAAGACCAAAGACGCCCUGGACUCGGACGGAUGGCUGCACUCUGGUGACAUUGGAAAGUUCCAGCAAAACUUCCUCUUCAUAACUGGAAGGAUUAAAGAGAUUCUGAUUACCGCCGGGGGCGAGAACGUGGCCCCGGUACCCAUCGAGGACGCCGUGAAGGCGGGCGCACGCAUCAUCAGCAACGCCAUGCUGAUUGGAGACAGGAAAAAGUUCCUCUCGAUGUUCGUCACGCUCAAAUGCAUCAUGGACGAGGACGGCAAACCCACGGACCAGCUGAGCCCUGAGGCCGUCGGCUUCUGCCAAGAACUUGGCGUGGGUGCAACCAAGGUGUCGGAGAUUAUCGGUAAGAAGGAGCCCGCCGUCUACAAGAGCAUCCAGGAGAGCAUUGAUCGAUACAACGCCAAGGCCGUAGCCAGACCGCAGAGGGUGCAGACCUUUGUCAUCCUGGAAAGAGACUUCUCCAUUGCGGGAGGAGAGCUCGGACCCACAAUGAAACUCAGGAGGCCAAUUGUCGUCCAAAUGUACCAGGACAAAAUCGACGAGAUUUAUGCUGAUUAGAAGCAAACCAGGAUGAAUUAUAUUUAUACAUUAAUGCACUUUUACCUUGUAAAUAAAACCUCCUAAUCAUGGCCAAAGCUUGCCGCCGUAGGUCACGUGACGAUCUAACGCUUCAGUGGCAUGUGAUUUACAGUAUUUUCGACUGGAAUAAAGAAAAAGUACAUAUAUUCAUGGCUCAUGUAAUGAAAGAGGAUUGGCUAAUAUUUUGAGAUUACUAUUAUUAUCACUUGUAUACUUUUUUUCUUGUAAUAAGAUCAUCUUAUGAUGAGAAUAAAAUUGAAAUAUUUGAA